AUGCAUAGGAACUUCAGGCCUAGUUACAAUUUGAAUCAUGGUGGAGGCAGUUCUGUCAACAACGGUGGUGGUUUUUGCAUAAAACCCCCCAGAUUUUACAAUUUUGAUGGUGGGUUAUAUGUGAAAAUUUUUGGAGAGAGAUUUCUAGUAGCGAAAGUGUUUAGGACUAAGAGGUCUGGGAAGAAUGAUGGGAAUCCGUGUGCGAAUCCCGAUCCUAGGUUUGCGAAUGGGUUUUCGUCGUCUAUGGGAUUAGGGAUAGGGGAUAAGAGUGGUGAUAGAGGAGGUAAGAGAGAGAGGGAUCCGAUUGGAGACGUGGUUUCGUCGAUUAAGCUUUUGGGAGAAGGGUUUGUGAAGGUGGAGCAGAUGAAGAUGGAGAUGGCUAGGGAGAUUGAGAAAAUGAGGAUCGAGAUGGAUAUGAAGCGUAGCGAGUUGAUACUAGAGUCGCAGCAACAAAUUGUCGAUGCUUUUGUUGCAGUGUUAAUGGAGAAAAAGAAGAAGAAAAGGGAAAGCACACCAGCAAUGCCGGAGUCAUAG